GAAAUCAGUUCAUUAAUUCUGUUCCAGCGGCUCUCUCCCUCUCUCUUCGCGUUUUGUUGGCUGGCGGACGACGAACCAGGCGGCAAUGGCGAGGCAGUCCGGCGGCGGCGAACAGGAGGUGGCAGCUCCGGUGGUGUCUUCAUCUCCUUCGGCGAGCUGAUGGCGUCGACGGCAGCACGAGAGACAGAUUAGCGACGGCGAACAGCAGCAGAUCGACAGAGCUCGAUGGUAGUGGUUGAGUUUUACUCCGGCGAUGACGCGUAUGGGCGGUGGUGGAUGGCGAUUUCCGGCGAGUACAGGGGCUGCAAUGAGCGGAGGAUGGCGAUUUCCGAAAAGUGAUUUGGACAAAAAUAACGACACGCCUCUUUGGCGGUUGGGUGGGGGCUUUCGCUUUCCUCCUCUACUUCUCUUCUUCAGUUCACUCCCUCGUUUUCCCUCUUUUCUUUUCUUCCCUUUACAAAUCUCGCUCCCUCGCUCGCUCUCUCGCGCACACAAAAAACAAACCUCACAAAUACAGAUAUAUCCAAAAUAUACUCUGAUUAUAAACCACAAUUAAACCUCCGAAUCUGCGGUUGAAAGAGGAAUAGAAAUUUAUACGUAUAAGGUUUGUGUUGUAUAGGAAGCGGAUGAUAGGCUAUGAGACUCUGCUGGUGGGGGCUGCAGUGGCCACGGCGGGGCGCUCCAUCCAAUGAGGCGGCGGCGGCGGAAUCACGUCGUUGAUGGCUGUUCUGCAAAUGACUUGGCAGCCGAGUCUCCUCAGCCACAAACGCAAAUCCAGUCCUCCUGUAGGGCUCAGAAACCUCGGCAACACCUGCUAUCUCAAUUCCGUCCUCCAGUGCCUCACCUACACCCCUCCUCUCGCAAAUUUUUGUCUCAAAUCCCUUCAUUCCUCCUCCUGUGAUGCAACCCCGGAGAAGAAGAGCGAGUGUCCCUUCUGUUUAUUAGAGAAGCGAAUUGCUCGGUCGUUGAGUUCUCUUAUCACAAGCUGGGUAGCUCCAAUGGAGGAGCUCUUGCCAAUAGGAGCUCUGUUUCGGAGCAAAAUGAAGAGGGAGGGAGAAGAGGAAAAGACUAACUUAUCCCUGCCAAAUCAGAGCCUUCGCCGGAAAUUGGCCGGAUGGAGUUAUGUAACAAAUGUAACAAAAACAAUUAUUUUCAGGGACUAAAUCGAUGAAUACUGAGUUAAAGGGCAACAUUGACAGUUUGGCCACAUUUGAGGGACUAAAACGUUGAUUUACCCUACAUUAAAACUUGCAACAAGGGUUAAGCACGUAGAAGUUCCAUAAAUUGAAGGAAUAUUUAUUUAUCA